AUGGAGCCCAACGGGACGGCGGCGGCGGGGGCGAACAACGGCUCGGCGGCGGCGGGCGGCGGGGCUGCCCCCGCGGGCGGCCCGCUGCUCAUCCCCUCGGCCUUCGGCACGGUGCUGUCGGUGAUGUACGUGGCCGGGGUGGCCGGCAAUGUCUACACGCUGGUGGUGAUGUGCCACUCGGCGCGCUGCGCCGCCCCCAUGUACAGCUCCAUCGUCAGCCUGGCCCUGGCCGACCUGCUCUACCUCUCCACCAUCCCCUUCAUCGUCUGCACCUACCUGGCGCAGGACUGGUACUUCGGGGACCUGGGGUGCCGCAUCCUGCUCAGCCUGGACCUGCUCACCAUGCACGCCAGCAUCUUCACGCUCACCCUCAUGUGCACCGAGCGCUACCUGGCCGUGACCCGGCCCCUGGACACCCUGAAGCGUUCGCGGGGCUACAGGAAGGUCACGGCGGGGGCCGUCUGGUCGGUGUCGCUGCUGCUCACUCUGCCCAUGAUGCUGAUGGUCACCCUGACCGAGGGGGGCAAGGCAGAGGGCAAGGUGAAGAGGAUGUGUGCGCCCACCUGGAGCGUGGAUGCCUACAGGACCUACCUGACGGUGCUCUUCAGCACCAGCAUCAUGGCCCCGGGCAUCAUCAUCGGCUUCCUCUACACGCGCCUGGCCAGGACAUACCUGGAGUCCCAGAGGAACCCCCCCCACAAGGAGAAGAGCAAGAGGUCCCCCCGGCAGAAGGUCCUCAUCAUGAUUUUCAGCAUCGUGCUGGUCUUCUGGGCCUGCUUCCUGCCCUUUUGGAUCUGGCAGCUGGUGCGGCUCUACAGCAGCUCCCUGCAGCUCACCACCCAAACCCAGAAGUGCAUUAACUACCUGGUGACCUGCCUGACCUACAGCAACAGCUGCAUCAACCCCUUCCUCUACACCCUGCUCACCAAAAACUACCGGGAGUACCUGCGCAACCGGCACCGCAACUUCUACAGGUUCACCUCGUCCUUCCGCAAGAGGGGCUCCAACCUGCAGUGCUCCUGGGGACGCUCCAUGUCCUCCAGCAACCAGUACGACUACAGCUCGGAGGCCCUGGGCAUGGCCACGCUGAAGGACAAGUGAGGAAGAGGAGGCGCUCCGGACACACCGGGACCAGCAGAGCGUCUGGCCAAGGGCUUCUCUCCUUCCAUUUGACCUCGUGCUCCACCCCCAGGGGAGUUACCCCAGGACUGGAUCCCCGAUGCCGUGCUCCGGGUUGCAGGUGAAGGAGAU